UACGUGUCAAAUGGCCAUAAAUUGAGCCGUGACAGGAUGUCAGUCGGUCAGUUGUCUCCUGUGUCAAUCUCUCAGCAAACGGCAUUACUUCAAUCAUGAGGCUACUAGCGCUACUUCUCGCUGCGUUCUGCACAGUGCACGCGAUCGGCGUAGAUCCUCGUACGAUCGAUUGGACGCUGGUUCGUAACCUGCACCAAACUGACGCCGUUCGUGCCAAGCAAGGCCUGCCUCCGCUAACGGACGAUGAGGUCCGCUCCGCACGCAUUGCCGACGGACAGAUUGCUUCUCCAACGCAGUUCCCGUGGGCAGCGGGCGUCCUGAUCUCGGGCUCCUCGGCACACAGCUUCUGCAGUGGUGUGCUGAUCUCGCGUCGACAUGUUCUCACUGCCGCUGUGUGCAUUUCGGGCUCCAACACCCUGACCGUGCUGCUCGGUGCGUCGGAUAUGAAGAGCGUGGAGGAGUUCAUUGGUGUGUCGAACAUCCUGUCCCAUCCGAACUACAGCUCGUUCUUCAACCGGGACGAUAUUGCGAUUCUUACGCUUGCGCAUGAGGCUCCGAUUCGCGACACGAUCCAGCCGGUUGCACUGCCGCGCCGCAGCCAGAUCGGCAACGACUUCAACAGCUGGGCAGCGACGACGGCCGGCUGGGGUAACUCGGGACGCCGUGACAAUGAGCCCAUCCCGAUCAUGAAUCUGCAGUUCGCCACCGAUGCGGUGACGUCUAACUUCCGCUGCGGGCUGUCGCAUACGUUCAUCCGUGGCACGCACAUCUGUACCGCGACGGACAAUGGAGGAGCGUGCAAUGGCGAUGAGGGUGGUCCAGUAACGGUUACCGAAAGUGGGCGUACCUUCCUGAUUGGGAUCCAUUCGUUCCACUUCUCAGGCCUGUUUGGAUGUGAUCGUGGCCGGCCAUCGGUGCACACACGCAUCACGGAGUAUCUGGACUGGAUCCAGCAGAACUCGGACGUCGUUGUAGAGCCCGUCCCCACCUCUUAUCAAUCAUACGAUACACCUGUUGUUAAUCGUUGCUGUUGCCGAAGACUCGUUAGAAAUACGUCACCCAUCGUAAGGCGAUUUGUUUCUGGAAGCUACGCUUCUUUUCGGUUGCCUCUUUUCGUGGUCUACUGCUUCAGCUCAAUUGCAACAGUUCCCACCCGGGUUUUUGUUGAUAAGAUUAGCAAACGGUGGGACCUGCAUAUAUACUCCCGCCACCUGCUAAUCCCGCUUCAGUCAAUCAGCCAGCGAACGAUGCGAUUCCUAUCAGCAGUUGCCCUACUGGGGCUGACGAUCGUCAGCGUCGUUGCCUGCGUCUCCGGCGAGGGAACGAUUACACGUCUGGAAGAUAUCAACUGGGCUGAGGUGCGUCCGGUACAGGAAAGUCCCUUGUUCAAGGCUAAGCGAGCAGCCAGCUUCGUCGAACGGUAUUUGGAACGGGCGGCCCCUGCUCCGGAGCGCACUGGUCGCAUCAACAACGGUGUCGUCGUCGGUCCGACCGACGUACCGUACAUUGUCGGUGUGCUGGUGUCGGUCGAGCAGGGCACGUACUUCUGCGGAGGUGUGCUGGUGUCCCGCACGCACGUCCUCACCUCGGCGACGUGUGUCGAAGGCCAGACGUCCAUUACGGUGCUGCUGGGUGCGAGUGAUAUUACGCGCGCGCAGGACUUUGUCGUCGUGAGCCAUGUGCGAGUGCAUCCGGACUUCAGUUCCUUCUUCCAGGCGAACGAUCUCGCCAUUCUGACCCUUUCCCGCAUGCCACGGUUUAACGAUCAAAUUCAACUGGCACGUCUUCCCCGCCGGUCACAGGUGGGUGAAUCGUUCACGAACGCUUGGACCACCAUCAGUGGCUGGGGUGAGACGGCUUCCAACACUGGCGAGGCACUACCAAUGCAGCAGCUUCGUUCGGUGCGCUCGCAGGUGAUCUCCAACUUUAGCUGCACGAUCAGCUUCCCAUUAUAUCUGAGAUCUUCCAAUGUUUGCACCUCAUCGGAUGGUGGAGCGCCCUGUGUGGGUGAUGAAGGUGGUCCAGUAACAAUCGUGGAGGAGGACGGACAGUCGACCGUAAUCGCCAUUCAUUCGUACACGUACUCGCGGGGAUGCACACGCAGCUGGCCGGCGGUUCAUACGCGCGUCACCGACUAUCUCAACUGGAUUGAGAUCUACACUGGAGCGAGCAUUCGAGCGUAACCUAAAGACACG